UUAGACCUAGCCUGCCUGCUGGGCUGUGCCCAGGUUCAGAGCCAUGCCCGUUGGUGGGUGAAGCUUGAGGCAGUGAUGGAGCCACUGCAGCCUCGGCAGAAGCAGCAGCAGCCGCCACCGCCGCCGCCGCAGCCACACGUGGCUCCUCUGCGGAUGGAUGUCAGAGAGAAGCAGGGGCAGCAGAUGAGAGAUUCCCCGCUCUUGUAUGCCCAGAAGCUGGUCACACAGCAGACUCUGCUUUCUGCCACGCCUGGGAGGCCUUCUGGCAACCCUUCCCUGGGUCCCUUAGCCAGAGUUCCACCAGCCACAGCAGUGGCCCGAGUUUUUGAACGGAGCAAGGUGAACUCAGAGCCUCAGGAAGAGGAAGGAAGUUUGGAAGAUGAGGAUGGGGAUGAUGAAGUUGAAGAGGUGGCUGAGAAAGAAGCCCAGGCUGCUUCAAAGUAUUUUGAUGUGCAGAAAGUGGUUCGUCAAGACCCCAGAGCAGCACCCGUGUCUGGUCUACUUCCAGCGCCAGGGCUCCCACCACAUGGACAGCAAGCUAAGGAAGACCAUACCAAAGAUGCUUCUAAGGCCUCAGCUUCAGUCUCCACAGCAGGGCAGCCGGGCUGGAAUCUGGAUGAGCAGCUCAAGCAGAAUGGUGGUUUGGCCUGGAGUGAUGAUGCGGAUGGAGGCCGGGGAAGAGAGAUCUCUCGAGAUUUUGCCAAGCUAUAUGAACUGGACGGUGAUCCGGAAAGGAAAGAGUUCCUGGACGACCUCUUCGUCUUUAUGCAGAAGAGGGGGACCCCCAUCAACCGAAUCCCCAUCAUGGCCAAGCAGAUUCUGGACCUGUAUAUGCUGUAUAAGUUGGUGACAGAGAAGGGGGGCCUCGUAGAGAUCAUCAACAAAAAGAUAUGGAGGGAGAUCACCAAAGGCCUGAACCUGCCCACGUCCAUCACCAGCGCCGCCUUCACCCUGAGGACCCAGUACAUGAAGUAUCUCUAUGCCUACGAGUGUGAGAAGAAGGCCUUGAGCUCCCCGGCUGAGCUCCAGGCAGCCAUCGACGGCAACCGGAGGGAGGGCCGGCGGCCCAGCUACAGCUCCUCCCUCUUUGGCUACUCGCCCGCGGCUACCUCUGCUGCUGCCGGGGCCCCUGCUCUCCUCUCUCCACCCAAGAUCCGCUUCCCCAUCCUCGGGCUGGGCUCCGGCAGUGGCACCAAUGCCAGUGGCCCUCGGAUAUCCCCAGCAGCCACUCUCAGGAAAGGUGAUGGAGUCCCAGUGACAACCGUGCCCGUGCCAAAUCGCCUGGCUGUGCCCGUUACCUUGGCUGGCCAGCAGGCCGGUACCCGGACGGCCACACUGGAGCAUCUGCGGGAGCGGCUGGAGUCAGGGGAGCCCCCUGAGAAGAAGGCGUCCAGGCUGUCGGAGGAGGAGCAGCGCCUGGUGCAGCAGGCCUUCCAGCGCAACCUCCUCAGCAUGGCGCGCCAGCUGCCCAUGAAGAUCAGGAUCAACGGCAGGGCAGAAGACAGAGCAGAGGCCUCGGCCGCAGCACUGAACCUGACCACAGGCAGCAUCGGGAGCAUCAACAUGUCUGUGGACAUCGACGGCACCACCUAUGCAGGUGUGCUGUUUGCCCAGAAGCCUGUGGUCCACCUCAUCACAGCAUCUGCUCCCCAGAGCAUCAGCAGCAGCACCAGCAGCAGCGGCAGUUCUCACUGCUCGCCAAGUCCUACCUCAUCCCGGGGCACCCCCAGUGCAGAGCCCUCCACCAGCUGGUCCCUCUGAGGGCAGGACCCAGCUUCUCACUCCCCACUCUCCCACCGAGAGAUGGGAUGCACAGCAUUUACCUCAUCUCACGGAGACCACGUCAAACCCCAUUUGGCCAGAUGUUGAGAGUUUGGACGUGUCCGUCUGUCCAGGCUGCAUUCAGGUCCUGCUGUACUCUAGGGACAGGGGGAGGCUGGAGGGGCCUGAACAGGGCAGCGUUGUUCAAUCAGGGAUUGUCCUGGAGAACUGGGCGGGGUCUGUGGGCAUCCAGCUUCCUCUAGGGCUCCCAGGCCACCUCCCAUCCCGGGCACAGUGUAUCGACAAUCUGUAAGCUGACACAGGGCUGGAGGCCCUCCACAUCCCUUCCCCUUUAAUUUAUUUUCCUUCCCCUGCCUUUGGCCAUGACCUCAGGGUCACUGGUCUCUUCCCCUGCUCAGUCCCCCAGUCUUUAACUCCCAUGUGGGGCUGCUAGGAGCCAAGAGCAUGCCUUCCUGGUUCUAAUCUGCUGAGCAUGGGAUGGGGUCCUCCCACUCCCAGCCCACUUUGCCUACCAUGAGUGGUUCCUGGGGUGUAAGUCCCUCUGAUUCGUCUUGGAGCAGUCCUCAGGGCCCCAUAUCCCCCUUUUAAUGGUCCCAGGAAAGGGCUCGUGAGGGCAGUCCUCAGGACCCAGGGCCUGCUGGACAUUGCCAAGGGAGAGGCAGAGCUGCAGGGGCUGCCCGGUCAGGCCCUGGCACCCUCUUCACUGACCCUUUUCUGACCCUCCCAGACCUCAAGCCCCACUCAGCCGGGUUUGCCAGCUCUCCCAGGAACAGCCCACUUGUCCCUUGGGCCCCCCUUCUCAUGGGGCCAUCUCAGCCCCAACAUCCCCAAACCUGCCAAUGUCAGGUUCAUUGAAAUACCUCAGAUUUGUAAUUGUUGAUGUUUGAUUCUUCAGGAAGUAUUUGCAUCUCUGAAAUCUUUUUUAUAUGUGUUUUCUGACUUUUUUUUUUUACUUUAAAAUUUUUAUUGUUGUUAUUGUAGCACCAAAGAAACGAAAGCCGAUCACCCCCAAAGCCGAGCAAAUGAUUUGGUACCCCAGCCCCUCCGGCCCUUCCCUAUGACCCCAGCGAGGAGGCGGGGGAGGCCGCAGGAGAGAUGACUCAGGGAUUGCAGUGGCAGGAUGAGGUGGAACAGAGAGGCUGGCUCUCGCACAGGCUGGGUCCUGAAACCACACUGGUUCUCAAGAUGGCCCUUGACCCAUUUCUGGCCAGAAGUGGGGCAGUCCCACAUCCCUACGCCCAGCUCAGCAGAGUGGGGCCAGGGCAUCUCCCUCUCACUCAGCAUUCCCUCCUCAGGACAGGUGCGGGCUCGUCAGAGCUCGAGCUGCCCCAGAAGGUGAGGAGAUGCUGAGAGAGCUGUGUUUCUCAUCUUGGACCCUGGGGUGGAGCAGGCUGCCCCUGUGUUGUAAAGAAGAGGGGUUCUCACACAGGGCUCGCCUCUCAGUCAAGGCAGCCCUGCAGUGCUCAGAACCCCGCACCCACCGUGAGGCUGGUGGGCUGCGGCGGUGGCAGCCCACAGUGGCACAAGCCCACUUGUGGCUGACAUUCAUCCCUGUCUAGGAAAGGAAAGGAAAGGGAAAUCAAAAGAUUGAGCACAAAACAGUUACCUCAGCCCAGUGAACUGCAGCUUUGCUGGACUGCAUCUUCUCUCUCCCCUCCCCCACACCCCACAUGCGCACACGCGCGCGCGCACACACACACAGCCCCAUCCAGUGGGGGCUGCCCCUCUCCUGGCCUCGGAAGCCUUCCCACCUUACCCACCAGGCCAGUGCAGGGCUUGGGCAGAGAAGGGUGUCUGGGGUCUGUGCCAGGGAGGAGCCCAGUCGGCUGGCACUGGGCCCACCUGAAGGCAUCGCAGACAUUUGACCAGUGUGUCUUUCUCAGGGGUUUGGUCAUGAAGGAUGGACUUUAACCACCCAGAGGACGCAAGGACGGCGCACUGUUUCUUCCUGGUCAUUGGGUCCUCUUCCUUUCCCCAAGCAGAUAGCCCAGCUUUACCCUCCCAGGGAGCCCUCAGAGCCUUCAGGGCCAACAGCAGGGUCUCAGCCUGAAAGCCCAAGGGUGGGAGCGCCUGCAGGCGCCCCCAGAAUGGGGCCCUGGGCCAAGAGAAGCUUUCCCUGAUGGUGCAGCCCUGAGGCCACAUGGCAGCUGUUGGCCAGGGCUGCUCUGUCCCCUCCCUCUCCCCAUCUUACUUGUAUUCUAACCAGGAAAAAUGUGAUAGCACAUGGGUAGCCUAGGCAGUGGAUAAAUACCUCAGACGUCCUCUUGCAGCAAGUGUCUGUAUAUGUUGUGGUUAUUUUCUAUCUUACAUGUUCUCGAAUGUUUAUAUUUCAAUAAACCUCUACCUCUUCACACAA